AUGUCGGACAGCGAGCCGUCGUAUAUUGACUAUGAGGCAUUCCUGGACCCUGACUUCUCCGCGACCUCAUUCGCGAACACGCUCGUCCUCGCGACUAACAACCCCUCUGAUACGCCGCUAGAUCUCUCAACACCCCUCUCUCGCGUCCUCUUCGAUGUUCAAGAAAUUGACACACAUAUCGACACGCUUACGACGAAAUCCGCGCUACCGUUGCUCGAACACACAAGAGAUCAUGCCGAGUCCAGCGGAAGGAUGCUGCAGGAAGUGGAGGGUCAGGUUGCAAGCUUGACCGAAUCGUACAAGACGCUGGAGAAGGAGGUCAUUGAGCGCUAUGAGGUCGCAGAGCAAGUUCGUUUGACGGCAGAGAGACUGUGCCAAACCGUCAAGAUUGGGAGAGCUGUGGCACGGUGCCUCAUGCUUGGGAGACAGCUUGAGAUGCGAAUGUCAGAGUUGGGAGGCGUCGGUAGCGCAAAGAAGGAAGACCACAGGGCAAUGGUGCGGUCUGCGGACACGCUGUUGUCACUGCGGCAGAUCUUCACAGCAACAAAGCCUGGAGAGGAGGGAGAGGGGCUGGAUAAAGUCAGCGUCGUCCACACGUUGAAGAAUGAGCUGGUAAACCCCGGAGAGAGAAGCAUUUCGUCGAGAGCGCAGCAGGUGGUUAAGGAGUUCUCCAUGUCUUCCCUGCUCACUUCGUCAGGCCAGUCAUCAGCAUCGACAUUCUCGGAAGCUGAGUUUACCAAGUCACGAACGACUUCGGCGCUCGUGACGCUCUACCUUCUUUCGCCCACCUCCCCUACUACCACGAUCAGGAACUUCCAACCGACCCUGUUACUCAAUGCUUUGCAAGAAUACCUACAAACGCAAUUGAAAUCCUCCUUGGCAUCUCUCUCCCGGUCAUUAAGUCAGUUACCAACCUUGGAGCGAACCCUGUUGGAGGUGUCGGCCCGUUGUCAGAACAUCGUCGCUUUAGAGUCCCUACUUGAAACGGUCAGGCCUCCGUCGCAUCCGCUACUCGGGGAAGAUUCUGCAGAAACAAGGAUAGCACCGAAUUUUCUGCAACCGCUUCUUCAGUCUCUCGACACCUCAUCGCUACCUUCAUAUUUCUGGAGGUCGCUCGCAUCAAAUCUCUCGCCAAGGGUCCAGGAAAUAAUGCACCGCGGCGGGGUUUCCGCAAGGACUUUGCGCACGAACAAGGACAGGGUACGCGAUGCCGUUCGCGAAUGCGUUAAUCGAGGAUCACAGUUGCCGGGGGCGCCAUCGGGCAAGGGUAAAGCGGCCGUUGCGGGGAGCUGGGAGCGCGAGGCGGCUGUCAUGGUCGGGUCGAUCCUAGGGCAGAUAAGGUGA